AUGUCGAAGCUAUCGCCUGCCCUAAAACAGCUCAUUAACGCCGCACAUUCAAGACCAGGCCCCGUACCAGCACCACCACGCAUUCAAGCCGUAUACCAGCGCAUACAAGAAGAAGCCACCGAGCGAAAGCUAGGCCGCCCAUCAUGGCUCGGCAUCUCCACCGCCGCAACAAUGACCAUGAACUCGCCCGAGUCCAUGAUCGCCCUUUACAACUCCACGAGUGCAUCACGCCCUGAGAAUGAGAGCGUGCAAAUAGCCGAAUUCAUGCGAGAAAUAGGACUGAAGUGUAUAGGCUUUAAUGGCAUCCCGCGCACAAUCAACAUGCUCAACGCUUUCCGCGCCUCCCUGCCCCCCACCAUCGCCUCCUCCCUCAACACCACCCCCACCCGCUCCCCCUCCCCGCAAAACAUCCUCGACACAAACACCCGCGGCCGCGCCCUCUGGGACGCCAUCUACCGCCCGCUCGAAACCAAGCUCAUCGACAAACUCGGCGACGCUCACCCGGACCUGCCCGUCUUCAUCAUCAACCAAGAAUACGGCGGCUUGUUCACCGACCCGCCGGGAAAGCCGGGCGCAAAGGUCGGCAGGGUCACGACGAGCUUGGUUGCGAUCACUUGUUUGAGAGCGCAGCAGGGGGUGGGGCCCCAGGUUCUUAGCCAUGUUUUUGGAUUAAGGAAGGGUUGGGAGGAUGGGACGUGGAAGGAGGAGCCCGAGGCGGGGAGUGAGGAGGCGAUUAGGUGGUUGGUUAGUGAUGAGGGGUGUACGUGGGUGUUGGAGAAGGUGGACGAGUUGGUUGAGGCGUUGGGUGGGGGAGCGGGGACGCUAUCCCCUGCCAUCGACGAAAAGCCAAAAGAACUCACAACCACCAAAACAAUGUCGUUAAUAAAUCGCGUGCGCGAUCUCGCGACUAAUGACGAACACACAAGAUGGAUGAUCCCGCUGCUGCUCGUCGUCGAUGCAGCGCUGUGCGGCGUUGUGAUUGAGAAAAUUCCAUAUACAGAAAUCGACUGGACGACAUACAUGCAACACAUCGCGCUCAUCAUCAAAGGCGAGCGCGACUACACCAAAAUCACAGGCUCCACAGGCCCGCUCGUGUAUCCCGGCGCACACGUGUGGAUCUACAAGCAACUUUUCAAAAUCACGGAUGAAGGAAGGGAUAUCCAGCGCGCGCAGUACAUCUUCGCGCUGGUGUAUCUUGGGACGCUGGCGCUGGUGUUUCAAUGUUAUCGGAAAGCACGUGUCCCGCCAUAUGUCUUCCCCCUUCUCAUCCUGUCAAAACGCCUGCACAGUAUUUUCCUGCUGAGAUGUUUCAACGAUUGCUUCGCAGUUCUUGGCUUAUUCGCCGCGCUAUUCUGCUACCAGCGCGAUCAAUGGCACGUGGGUAGUUUUCUGUUCGCGACGGGCUUGAAUGUCAAAAUGAGUUUGUUGCUGCCUUUGCCGGCGAUGGGGGUAUUGAUGAUUAUGAAACUUGGGAGUCGGGAGGCGAUGACGCAUGCGAUGAUCAUCUUUCAGACGACGGUCCUCUUUGGCUACCCCUUCCGCAAAGCCGCCUUCUCCUACUUCGGCCGGGCAUUCGAACUCUCCCGGCAGUUUACCUACAAAUGGACCGUAAACUGGCGCUUCGUCUCCGAGGAAACAUUUUUAUCAAAGCCUUUUGCUCUCGGGUUACUGUCGGUUCACGUCACGCUUUUAAUCACCUUCUUCCUCACCCGCUGGAUCAAGCCCUCCAAACGCACCCCCAAACAAUUCCUCAAAAUCAUCAUGCCCCAAGCUGAGCCCCGCGACCAAGACACAAUGGCCCUCCGCAUCACCCCAAACUUACACACAUGA